AUGGACCGCAACAUUGCCGCAACCAAGUCGGGGGCCGGCAGCAACAAGCUGGACAAAUCGCCCACGCCCACUCUAGCCGACUACCAGGCGCAAUGGGCCAAGAUUCACAAUGACACCAUCCGCCAGAUCAAGCAGGCUCAAGAGGAAGAAAGAAACGCACGCGCGACGAGUCGAGCACACUCUUCUCCCUCCAAGUAG